AUGGUAGUCACUCUCUAUGUCGACGACCUCAUAUUCACCAGAAGCAACACAAAACUGAUUGAGGAGUUCAAGGAGGUAAUGAAGAAGGAGUUCGAGAUGACAGACUUAGGUUUGAUGAAAUAUUUUCUUGGCCUAGAAGUGAAGCAGUCAGAGGAAGGGAUUUUUAUAUCCCAAGAGAGGUAUGCGUUUGAAAUUUUAAAGAAGUUAAAAAUGGAGGACUGCAACCCAGUUUCAACUCCAAUGAAACCAGGCACUAAACUCUCAAAGUUUGAUGGAGAAAAACGAGCUGAUACUGGGAGAUAUCGAAGCUUAGUCAGAAGUCUAAGGUAUCUUACAAGCACGAGACCCGACCUAAUGUUGAGUGUUGGGAUAACAAGAAGAUUCAUGGAGGAUCCAAGCUAUACACAUUGGAAGGCCUUGAAGAGAAUUCCGAGAUAUGUUCGAGGAACUCUUUCCCUUGAUGAAAGGACUGUGAUUCGAGUUGAUAACAAGUCGGCGAUCGAGUUGGCAAAGAAUCUAGUUAAUCACGGAAGGAGCAAGCACAUUGAUGUACGAUUUCAUUUCAUUCGAGAACAAGUCAAAGAAGGAAAGGUUGAGCUGGAGCAUGUUGAAAGUCGAGCUCAAGACGCUGACAUAUUCACCAAGUCAUUACCGACCACGCUGCUGGAGAGUUGUAAAAGGCUGAUUGGAAUGAGAGAUGGGAAGAAUAUUUAA